CCAAAUUAAGGGUAACGUGGGGUUAAGAGCGCCAUUCCCGACCUCAUGAUUCUGUCAAUAACAUCUACGAAUGUUUGAAUUCGUCUAAGUCAAGAUUACUGGCUGAUCUGGCUUCAUAUCAAUACCCCCGACCGCUGAUACCUCUCCUCCCGACAUCAUGGCAUCAGCUGUCUUCUUUCUCGACCUGAAGGGCAAGACCCUUCUGGCGCGAAACUAUAGAGGGGAUAUUCCCAUGUCAGCAGUAGACAAAUUUCCCAUCCUCUUGAGUGAGGCGGAAGAAGAGAGUUCCGCAGUGCCGCCGUGCUUUUCAGAUGAAGGCAUCAACUACCUCUACAUCAGGCAUAACAACCUCUAUCUCCUAGCCUUAACGAAACGAAAUACUAAUGCCGCCGAAAUUCUCCUUUUCCUCCACAAGAUCGUCGAGGUCUUCACCGAAUAUUUCAAAGAACUCGAAGAAGAGUCAAUACGAGACAACUUCGUUAUCAUCUACGAACUUCUCGACGAAAUGAUGGACUUCGGGUAUCCACAAACUACCGAAUCCAAGAUUCUACAAGAAUAUAUCACACAGGAAUCGCACAAGCUGGAAAUUCAAGCGCGACCGCCGAUCGCGGUUACAAAUGCUGUAUCCUGGCGAUCAGAAGGAAUCAGAUACCGCAAGAAUGAAGUGUUCCUCGAUGUUGUCGAAUCACUUAAUCUCUUGGUAUCCUCCAACGGCAACGUCCUUCGCUCUGAGAUUCUCGGGGCCAUAAAGAUGAAAUGCUAUCUCUCAGGGAUGCCGGAAUUGCGUCUUGGGCUUAACGACAAGGUGAUGUUCGAGACGACUGGUCGAGCGACUCGUGGAAAAGCAAUUGAGAUGGAGGACGUGAAGUUCCACCAGUGUGUACGUCUCGCACGAUUCGAGAACGACCGCACAAUAUCCUUCAUUCCACCAGAUGGAGAGUUUGAAUUGAUGUCAUAUCGCUUAAACACACAAGUCAAGCCUUUAAUCUGGGUGGAAUGUAUUGUGGAAUCACAUUCUGGGAGUCGUAUCGAGUAUAUGUUGAAAGCGAAAGCGCAAUUCAAACGUCGCAGCACGGCUAACAAUGUGGAAAUCAUUGUCCCUGUCCCAGAAGAUGCUGACUCGCCUCGUUUCCGAACCAACAUCGGUAGUGUGCAUUAUGCGCCUGAGAAGAGCGCUAUUGUGUGGAAGAUCAAGCAAUUUGGUGGGAAUAAGGAGUUCCUAAUGCGUGCUGAACUUGGGCUUCCAAGCGUGAAAGGGGAUGAUGAACACGGUGGCGGAAUGACUGGUGGCUUUGGAGGAAGUAUGGGAGGCAUUGGUGGCAAGGGAGCGAAGAGACCGAUCAGUGUGAAGUUCGAGAUUCCUUAUUUCACAACGAGCGGGAUUCAAGUCCGAUAUCUCAAGAUCGUGGAGCCAAAGUUACAAUACCCCUCUUUACCAUGGGUCCGAUACAUCACGCAAUCAGGCGACAUUGCGGUCCGACUCCCCGACGUAAGCUGAAAGCUGCCCUUCUCCAUUUUGCAAAAUUGAGAAAGGGGACGGGAGUCAGCAGACAAAGUCGAUGUGGAAGAAUUAUGUGGAGAACGGAACUGUCCUAGUUCAUGCACUAAUUGAUGAGGGAGGAGGAUGCAUUUCAGGCGCUAGCGUACAGGAGUUAAAGAGUACAUAUCAAGCU